AUGACGUUCCCUAUUUUACCAAUAUUUGGGAAAGACAUUGACAAUGUUUUAAUAGACAAACCUUUUUUGAAAUUAGCUGGUCAAGCAGUAUUAGACGCCUCUGAAUUUGCGACAGACGCUGACAUCUUAGCUGCAGCUAAGAAAUGUAGUAACAACUUUAAAUCUAUUUCCAUUUUCUUGGAUUCUGUGGAACAAUUCAAUGAAAAAGAACUCAUAAAUAUUUUAAACAACGGAGUUGAUAAAAUUUACUCUAUUAAGCAAAUCACUUUUGAGUCUAUCCCGCCUAGUAGACUUGUUAGUAACAUCCCAACCGGCUUGGCUAGGGCAGAUGACAUGUCCCUCGAUGCCUUCAGUGAAGCUGUUUUAUCUAAGCUGAAGAGUGAUAGAAAGGAUGGAUUGUACACAACUCUGGUUGUUGACGAGGCCGAACGCUGCCUUGGUUUAGUAUAUUCCUCAAAGGAGUCAAUUGCAUUAGCUAUUAAGAAAGAACGUGGUAUUUACUUUUCAAGGUCUAGAAAUGAAAUUUGGGAAAAAGGUGCCACUUCAGGCAAUACUCAAAAAUUGAUCUCUGUUGACUUAGAUUGUGACUCUGAUGCUUUAAAGUUUAUUGUCGGUCAGGAUGGAGUCGGUUUUUGCCACUUAGAAACUGAAUCAUGCUUUGGAAAUUUCAGUUACGGUUUGGUCGAACUCGAGAAGACUUUAUUAAACAGGUUGAGUAAUGCUGUUGAAGGUUCUUAUACAAGACGCCUUUUCAGCGAUGAGGAACUGUUAAAUGCCAAAAUUAAAGAGGAAGCUGAGGAAUUGGUUGAAGCCAAGGGUAAAGAUGAAAUUUCAUGGGAGGCAGCUGAUUUAUUUUAUUUUAUAAUGACAAAAUUAGUUUCCUGUGGUGUUUCAUUAAAGGAUGUUGAAAAUAAUUUGAACAUGAAGAAUCUUAAGAUUACAAGAAGAAAAGGUGAUGCUAAACCUAAGUUUUUGAAGAAAAAAGAGGAUUCAAUUGUGGAAAAGAAAUUAAAAAUCGAUACUUCAAAGGAUGAACCCGUCUUUCUACAAGUGGUAGAAUCAAGUGAUAUCGAGGGUGUUCAAGGUGCAGUUACUAGACCAAUCCAAAAGACCUCUGAGAUUAUGCAUCUUGUCCAACCUAUUAUCGAGAAUGUCAAGACUAAUGGUGAUAAAGCCCUCCUUGAAUAUACAGAAAAGUUCGAUGGCGUGAAAUUAACAAGUACUUGUAUCGAAGCGCCAAUCCCUGAAGAAUAUUUCGAAGGUUUGACCGAUGAAAUGAAGAAUUCUUUGGAUCUCUCCAUUGAAAACGUUCGUAAAUUCCACGCUGCUCAACUACAAGAGGAACCUAUGGUUGUUGAAACUCAACCAGGCGUUGUUUGUUCAAGAUUUCCGAGACCAAUUGAAAGGGUUGGUCUCUAUAUUCCAGGUGGUACUGCUAUUUUACCGAGUACAGCAUUAAUGUUGGGGGUCCCGGCACAGGUUGCUGGCUGCAAAGAAAUUGUAUUUGCCUCACCUCCUUGUAAAUCGGAUGGGAAAAUUUCACCUGAAGUUGCGUAUGUGGCUUCAAAAGUUGGUGCAUCCAAAAUUGUUCUUGCCGGUGGUGCUCAAGCUGUUGCUGCGAUGGCGUAUGGUACCGAAUCUGUUCCAAAGGUUGAUAAAAUAUUAGGUCCAGGUAACCAAUUUGUCACAGCGGCUAAAAUGCAUGUACAAAACGAUACGCAGGCAUUAUGUUCGAUUGAUAUGCCAGCGGGUCCUAGUGAAGUUUUAGUUGUUGCCGAUGAAGAUGCAGAUGAGGAUUUUGUCGCCAGUGAUUUGCUUUCACAAGCUGAACAUGGUAUUGAUUCCCAAGUUAUUCUUGUGGGUGUAAAUUUGAGCAAAGCUAAGAUUGACAGAAUUCAACAAGCAGUUCACUCCCAGGCACUAGAAUUACCUAGAUUGGAAAUUGUGCGCAAAUGUAUCACUCACAGUACAAUAAUACUGUGUAAAAGUUAUCAAGAGGCAAUUGAAAUGUCGAAUAAGUAUGCUCCAGAACAUUUAAUCCUACAGAUCAAUAAUGCGAAUGACUACGUAAAGUUGGUAGACAAUGCCGGUAGUAUUUUUGUCGGUGCUUACACACCAGAAUCAUGUGGUGACUAUUCGAGUGGUACAAAUCAUACAUUGCCUACCUACGGUUAUGCAAGACAGUACAGUGGUUGCAACACUUCUACUUUCCAGAAAUUUAUCACUGCGCAAAGCAUUACGCCAGAAGGUUUGGAUAAAAUCGGCAGAGCAGUGAUGUGUAUUGCCAAGGUUGAAGGUUUAGAUGGACACAGAAAUGCAGUCAAGAUCCGAAUGAACAAAUUGGGCCUUCUACCAAAGGUCUGA